GUCCGGCGCUGACGUCAGCAGCAGUGGGGUCAGAGGGCAGGCGGACCCGGGAGAAAGCCGCGGAUCUACACGCGGGCGGUGACUGUGUCGGAGGAUCUGGUCCCGGGGGAGUGGAGCUGCGGACAGCCCCGGGGGAGUGGGAGAGAGUCGGUCCGGUACCACAGCCCGAGUCCAGGCCCGGGGGCCAUGCGGCUGUGACACCAGCUCCCCGUCCCCCCCGCCCUCACUCCAUCCCCCCGGGGGCCCGGCUCCGGUGGGGACUGUCCCUGUCCCUGGGCCGGGAGACCAUGCUCGGCUGCCCCUGGGCCUGAGGAGGGGCCGGGGCCGGGGCCGGGGCCGGGGCCGGCAGGGAGGCUGGAGCCGGCCGCUCGCCAUGGGCUGCGCUCCGAGUAUCCAUGUGUCCCAGAGCGGGGUGGUGUACUGCCGGGACUCGGACGGUUCCAACUCCCCGCAUCAGACCACCGCGGCCUCCCAGCAGAGCGGAGCCCUGGCUGGCUUCUUCAUCAGGACAGAGCGCUCGGGCUCCAUGAGCGGCUGCCGGCCCCUGGCCAACAAGGAGCAGAGGGAACAGGGCUACAGCAUCCAGGAGGAGAGCCAGGCUGAGCGGAGCCGGGCUAAGGGAGCAGUGACUGAGGUUCAGUUUGGACCAAUGAAGAUCCACCAGGAUCCCAUUCAGGUACUUCUAGUGUUUGCCAAGGAAGAUAGCCAGAGUACUGGAUUCUGGUGGGCAUGUGACAGGGCGGGGUACAAGUGCAAUGUGGCACAGACGCCAGAGGCUGCACUGGAAUGUUUCUUAGACAAGAAUCAUGAGAUCAUCAUCAUAGAUCAUAGACAUUCCACAUACUUUGAUGCAGAGGCACUAUGUCGAUCCAUCAGAGCAAUAAAAUCAGCGGAAAAUGCUGUCAUUGUUGCUGUUGCAAAACGACCAAAGAGAGAUCAGCUAGAUAGCUUGAUCUUAGCAACUGAACCAGAUAAAUCAAGAAUACCUCCAAGCCAGUCACUGUUCCAGACCAGCCUCAGCAGAGUCUACAGCAAAGUAGGUAGUUACCACCUGCCAUUCUCUUUCCAGGAAGCCUUGUUUAAACAAAAAUCUCCAGCAUCCAUAAUGAGCUAUUUCAUCAAUGAGCUUCACCCGAGUGUAAGGUCAGAAGUAGGGAUGUUUGCUGAUUACACCAUGUUCACCAUUCACCUCCCAUCAGCUACAGAAGCAGUCUAUGUUGAAAUACAACCAGAUCUAGACAAUAUCCAAGAUAAUAUUAUUCAGUAUGUGAAUCCUGCAUUUGAAGUAAUGAUGGGUUACAAGCGAGAGGAAUUGAUAGGGAAGGAGCAAAUGGAAGUGCCUAAAAGUGAUAAAAAUAAAGCAGAUAUUCUAGACACAAUCAACUCGUAUAUUAAGAAAGGAAAGGAGUGGCAAGGAAUGUACUAUGGCAGAAAACGAAAUGGAGACAGUGUACAGCAGAAUGUAAAGAUAACUCCUGUCAUAGGGCAAGGAGGGAAAAUUAGACACUAUGUGUGUAUUAAACGACCAUUUAAUGAAAACAAGAGUGACAAAUCCCACUUGUGUGAUCGUGUUCAGGCUGAAUCCCAAACAGACAUCCACACUUGUAAACACAAAGACAGGAGGAAAAGUUCCGAUGUCAGAUCCAACACAUCACGAGGGAGUGAUGGUAGCUCCCAACCCAGAAGAUCCUCUAUUGCUCGGAUACAUUCCAUGACCAUUGAAGCUCCCAUUACCAAGGUAAUAAAUAUCAUAAAUGUUGCACAAGAGAGCAGCUCUGAGCCAGUGGCUGAAGCUUUGGAUCGUGUGCUGGAAAUUCUCCGAACAACAGAACUAUAUUCUCCGCAGCUUGGAAACAAGGAAGAUGACCCACAUGCUAGUGACCUAGUCGAUGGGCUGAUGUCUGAUGGUUUGCGGCGACUGUCUGGAAAUGAAUACAUCUUCACCAAAAAUGCUCACACUAUUCACACUCAUUUUCAUAUUCCUGUCUCGCUGCAUGAUAUCCCACCAAGGAUAACUGAAACCAUGGAGAAUGAGGAUUGCUGGGACUUUGACAUCUUUGAAUUGGAGGCUGCAACUCACAAAAGGCCUCUGGUCUACCUUGGGUUGAAAACAUUUUCACGCUUUGGAGUCUGUGAAUUUUUAAACUGUUCUGAAUCAGUAUUACGUUCCUGGUUACAAGUUAUCGAAGCAAAUUACCACUCCUCGAAUUCCUACCACAAUUCAACGCAUUCUGCUGAUGUCCUGCAUGCAACUGCUUAUUUCCUUUGUAAGGAAAGAGUUAAGCAAAGUUUGGACCGAACUGAUGAGGUGGCAGCUCUCAUUGCAGCCACAGUACAUGAUGUUGAUCACCCUGGCAGAACAAACUCGUUCCUGUGCAAUGCAGGCAGUGAGUUGGCACUCCUUUACAAUGACACAGCUGUGCUGGAGAGUCACCAUGCAGCACUGGCAUUUCAGCUGACCACACGGGAUGAUAAAUGUAACAUCUUCAAGAACAUGGAGAGGAAUGAAUAUCGGACACUCCGACAAGCUAUUAUAGAUAUGGUCCUUGCGACAGAGAUGACAAAACACUUUGAACAUGUCAACAAGUUUGUAAACAGCAUCAACAAACCUUUGGCUGGACUGGAGGAUAACAGCUCUGGGAAUGGUGGCAAUGAAGAUUCAUGUAAUACCAUCCUCACAUCUCCUGAAAAUCGAACUCUGAUCAAACGUAUGUUAAUAAAAUGUGCAGAUAUCUCCAAUCCCUGCCGCCCCCUGGAUCUCUGUAUUGAGUGGGCUGCACGUAUUUCAGAGGAGUAUUUUGCUCAGACUGAUGAGGAGAAACGACAAGGGUUACCUGUGGUAAUGCCUGUGUUUGAUAGAAAUACUUGCAGCAUCCCCAAGUCACAAAUCUCCUUCAUUGAUUACUUUGUUACGGAUAUGUUUGAUGCCUGGGAUGUGUUUGCUGACCUGCCCAACUUGAUCCAGUACUUAGCGAUGAACUUCAAAUAUUGGAAAUGUCUGGAUGAACAGAAGCUGCAUUCUCUCCGUCCUCCUGAGCCGUGAACGGGCCAGAUAUGUUAUAAGACUCAUUGCCAUUUGUACAAGUCCUGCUCUGUUUGCCACUGGAUUUCUUCAAAACGAAGCAGUCGAGCAUGACAUCCCAAGGAAAAUAUGGGAGCAGGAUGCUUUGCUGGGAUUUGGCUGUCUGCUUCUGGAAUUUUUUACACUGGAUUGAUACUGUGCAAUCCUGCUCCAGUGUAAAGGUCCCAGCAGGACUGAUGACGAAAAAUAAUUUAUAUGUGAUCUUCACGAUAAGCUGCUGCAGAACACCAUUGCACAUUUUUAAAAACUCAGUCUAAUAGUGUAUCUGCUUUCUUUGUGUUGGAACUGUAUUGAGUAUCUGUACUUUUAUCAUGGAACAGUUUGUGUCAGAGAUUUAUCUUGUCACCUGCACAGAGACCCCACAAAUCUAAUCUGUGCCACCAAAAAAUGCAAGACAUGAAGGAAACCUCAGCAUUUAGUGAAAUGUAUCUUGUUUAUUUUUCAGAUCUAUUCAAAAAAGCACUCCCCCCUCCCUGAGCACUACUGAUUCUCGUUUAUACGUUUGAAGAAAAAAAUAUAUGUGAAUCUAGGUGCAAAUGUUUAAAACAAAAGCUUUUCAAACACGAUCAUUAACUAUUAUGAUUUAGAUGAUCUGUUUAUUUAUUUUAGAUGUUUAAUAUUUUCUAUGAAUUUAUAUAAAUACUAAAAACAACCAAAGCCAACUUUCGAAUAAGAACAUAAAUUGACAUGAUUCAGAUGUGAUGCUGUAUAGACCUUUUUAUUUUCAUAAUACAAAUACAGAACCUUCUAGAACAAACUUUUUCAUUGCACUAUAUGGAUAAAAGUAUCUGUUUAGUUGUCUGUUAAUGGGGGUUUGCAUUAUGGAAGGUGUUGCUCCUGCAAACCUUCUGAGCUGCAGCAAUGUUUUGUCCUUUGUAUCUUUGUAACCCCAAGUUAUCAAUUGCCCUCUUAGUUUUUAUAAAUGGCCCAAUGAUUUAUCAGACUACAGUCAGCAUUAUUUACAUCAGGGUUUCCAUAGGCUUCUGCGAUUACUUUCUUUACCAAUUUAAAAAAAUCCUUUCUCUGUUUGGUGCAUUUCCCAUUUCUGCCUCACUUUAUAAAAUAUUCUAAGAUUUUAUUUAUUAGCAAUGCAAAUCCUAUCUUUAGAUAUUUGUGGCUAAUUAAGCAAUCAACCCAUUAUUUUAUCGUUUUCCUCUCAUUCUCUGGCCAGUCGGGUU